UCAAGACAACCGCACGCGCAGCCCGCGGUGUCUGCGUAUGUCAGUUCCGUGCGGAUAUUUUGUGUUGAUUAAAUACAUGAAAUCAAUAUGAAACUACAUUUUAAAAUAUUUGAUGCGGUGCCCUCGCGGCUGGUGAUCGGCAUAAUGAUGUUCUUUGCGUGCUUCAUAAACUAUAUGAUGAGGGUCAACAUGAGCGUCAACAUCAUCGCAAUGGUCAAUAACGAAUCCAACUCUACAUCUGUGAAAACCGAGUGCGAUGCCAUUGCAACGGACGACAGCAUUGUCUACAAUGCGACCACAUUACUUGUCAUGAAAAAGCAGACCCGACAGCCUGAUGGUGUUGUGGUGUUCGAUUGGACAGCGCAACAGCAAGCCUAUGUCCUAUCGGGAUACUUUUGGGGCUACGCCGUAACUUGUCUAGUAGGGGGUACGGCUGCAGAAAUGUGGGGACCAAGACGUGUUAUAUUCAUCACGACGAUCCUUAGCGGCAUCCUCACUAUUCUGUGCCCACUAGCCGCCAGGUGGCAUUACAUGGUGCUGGUAGCAGUUAGGCUUGUCACAGGAUUGUUAUCGGGUUUCCUCUUUCCGGCGUUACACGCACUGUUGGCUCACUGGUCGCCACCAGUAGAGAAGGGCAAGUUUGUGAGUUCACUGCUGGGCGGUGCUAUCGGGACUGUGGUCACAUGGUCACUCACCGGACCACUAAUUGAGAAUUUCGGAUGGGAUUACGCGUUCUAUGUGCCAGGUAUUAUUACUCUGGUUUGGUGUUUUGCCUGGCUUUUUUUAGUCUAUGACUCUCCCGUACAACAUCCUCGUAUUCUAGAGAGCGAGAAGAAAUAUAUUUUAGAAGCAAUUGGGGACAAAGUUCAACAGACCAGUCAUGACAAGAAGAUUGUUCCUCCGUUCCGGAAAAUCUUGACAUCUUUGCCAUUCUUGGCCAUGAUUAUUCUCCAUUAUGGAAAUAAUUGGGGACUAUACUUUGUGAUGACAGCGGCGCCUAAGUUUGUGUCCAGUGCUCUUGGUUUCAAUCUCACAUCCACUGGCACAUUGUCUUCUCUGCCUUAUUUGGCUAGGAUGAUAUUUUCGGUGAUAUUCGGAGCUAUUGGCGAUAGAAUAAUAAAGCAAAGUGUGGUAUCUACAACGUUCAUGAGGAAGUUCUUCUGUUUGUUCUCUCACGUGGUGCCCGGUCUGCUUUUGAUUGCCCUGGGCUACACUGGCUGCGCACCUGUCCUCUCUAUCGCUCUUAUCACGUUCUCAAUGGGGUCAAAUGGAGCAGCUACACUUACCAAUUUGGUGAACCAUCAAGACUUGGCCCCUAACUUCGCUGGCACAUUGUAUGGUAUCGCGAAUGGAAUCGGAAAUACAGCUGGUUUCGUCACGCCGCUAGUAACAGCACACUUUACGAAAAAUGGAAACGGCUUUGCUGAGUGGCGACCUGUCUUCAUAACCGGUGCUUCAAUAUAUAUAGCAUCCGCAAUUUAUUUCAUUAUAUUUGGCACUACGGAGACACAGGAGUGGAACUAUGUAGAGCCAGUUGAUGACACUGAAGCAAACAAGAGGCCGAGUGAAAACUCUAAUGACACUACUGUUACAAUUCCAGUAAAAUCGUAAAUUCCUAGAAUAAUUUACUUUAAGUUUUGUAUUUUAAGCUCAAGAAUAAGUUCGAUUUAUGGAAUUUUAAUACAUGACUAAAGAUAAUCUUUAUCUUGCCAAAUGAUAGCAUGUUUUUUUAGUUUGAAACUGUCUCGAUUCUUACCCUUCACUUAUUUAAAAUAAAACAAAUUAUUAUUGAUAUGUGCUAUGCUGAACUUGCUAUAUUUAAGUGAUGAUGUUAUCAAAUGACUUGCUUUAAAUGUAAUUAUGACAGAAAACGAAUUCCUAAUCAACAUAGCCACCAAGCCAUGUUGAUUUGGAAACGAGUAACUUUAAAAUAUGCUUAAUUUGAUUCUUAAAAUGUCACGACUAAGAUUUUAUAACAUAUCAAAAUUACCUUGAGAUGGUGCUUAUUAACUUAAUCGUUUUUCUUUUAUGAUAUUGAGUGACAUAAAUAUGAAUUUGGAAUUAGCGAAAGUUGUCAAUUGUCGAAAUUUAGCUUAAAUUAAUUAACCUUUCACUUCUCGCUAUAGGUAUUCUAUUGAGACAGUAUUAUUUUUAUUUAGGUAAAUAAUAGGUAAACCUAUUCAUUUCCAGUUUUUUGAAUAGUAUACUAAUUGUUCUAGAUUUAUUUGAUAUGUCUAAUUACACAACGAUGCAAUUAGAAAGUAAAUAUAAAGUGUUAUGGAUUUCAUUCAUUCGUUGUUUCGUAAUAUGUUCAUGAAUUAAUUAGUGUGGAAAUAGACAAAAGCCACAAAGUUGUUGAUUGGAACUAUACUCAGCGAGAUAUAAUCUGUUUAUAAAAUUACGUACAAUAGAGCAGGAAUCAUUUUUUGUAAAUAAUUCUUGCGCAGCAAAAUUGUAGAAUAAGUUCUAACCAAACGAAUUUAACAUUCUACUGAUAUGAUAUAAUGUGGUUAUAAGUAUUUGCAACUGUUUUUAUCAAUUACAUUAUUAAUAAAUUUCAUUGAAUUUAUUCUAUUGUAGUAAACCUACAUGAUAUUAUAUUCUGUAAGUAUAUUUAUGUUUUUGAUACUACGAAAAUAGAGCGAAAUUACUAUAUGCAUACAAAAUUACGGUGAUCUCCUUUCCCUGUUAUAAAAAAUGUUAAUGAUUUUUCUUUGAAUUGAGAUACAUCUAUCGUUAUUAUCGUAUCGCGGAAUCUUCGAGGCAAUAGGCAACAUGCUAUCGCCUCG